AUGGUGGGAUCGGAUCAUAGGCCUAUUUUGGCCACCAUCGAUAACAAAAUCCCGAAGGGGCGUCGGCAGUUUCGGUUUGAUAAACGAUGGCUCGGACAAGACGGGUUUACAGAAGCUUUAGAGAGCGGCUGGACACAAAAACGGAACGAUGGGGAGGCAAAAAUAGUUGAUAUGAUCAGUGGUUGUCGCCAUGCAAUCUCCCGGUGGAGGCAUGAUAACAAACCUUAUGGUAAGGAAAAGAUUGCGGAAUUACAGAAACUACUGAGGAAGUCCAAAACGACGAUUUUCGGACGCAAGAGGAGCUUCUAG